ACGACUUGUAGAUAGUGCGGAGAAAUCGUUAUCAAUAUUGAGAAUGAGUUAACACUUUUAUAAGUACUGGCUGCUCGCUGCGACAUUAUCACUUAGAAGCUAUCUGCCAAGUAAAAAUAAGCAAGUACUUAGCAAUACUUGCUAAAAACUGUCGUUGGAUUUUUUUGGAACCAUGGUAAAGGCCAAGAAGUUUAUCUUAUCUAGACAUUUCGUAGGGUUUCCUCAGCCAGGAGACUUGCAACUGAUUGAGGAAGAGCUGCGGCCUCUCAAAGAUGGAGAAUUUCUUGCGCAGGCUUUAUAUCUAAGCGUGGACCCGUACAUGAGAAAGUAUGCCAACACCAUACCUUUGCAAUCUACUAUGGUAGGCACGCAGGUUGCCAAAAUUGUGGAUAGCAAAAAUGACAAAUUUCCUGUCGGCAAGUUCGUUGCAGCCCCUUUUGGCUGGCGCACUUUUACGAUAUCCAAUGGGGAACCUGCUGCUCGUGGGGUUCCAGUUCUACUACUGCCUGAUAUGGGCGAUCUUCCUUUAUCCCUAGCAAUUGGAGUAUUAGGGAUGCCCGGCAACUCCGCGUAUUUUGGAUUUUUGGAAAUUUUGCACCCACAAGCUGGAGAAACCAUCGCAAUAAGUGGCGCCGCUGGAGCUGUUGGAAGUCAUGUCGGACAAAUCGCUAAAAUUAAAGGGUUGAAAGUAAUUGGAAUCGCGGGUUCAGACGAAAAAGGCCGAUUCCUGACCAAAGACCUGGGCUUUGACCAUUUUAUCAACUACAAAACCGAGGAUAUUUCCCAGACAUUGCAGGAAAUUGCCCCAGAAGGAGUGGAUUUGUAUUUCGACAAUGUAGGUGGAGAAGUUAGCGAUGCAGUGCUCACAAACAUGAAAGACUUUGGCCGCGUGAGUGCCUGCGGAUCAAUUUCCGGAUACAAUGAUGCAAAACCUCAAGGUCCACUAAUCCAACCAACCAUGGUGGCGAAACAACUGAAAAUGCAGGGUUUUCAAAACGUCGGCUGGCGGCAUCGAUGGAGUGAGUCCUUCGAACAAAACCUCGAAUGGAUCAAGGAGGGCAAACUGAAGUACAAGGAAACAGUGACUGAAGGAUUUGAGAACAUGUUUAAUGCCUUCACGGAGAUGCUUCAAGGGGGAAACACGGGGAAAGCUAUUGUAAAAGUUUAAUAAAGAAAAAAAAACUGAA